UGAUUGUAACCAGUUCACGUAUUGGGAAUUCAUAUUGACUCACUGACCUGUUUUGACUACAGUUGCACAGUUUUGUCUUGGUUUUGUGUUUAGGCCGAGCAGUGAGCUAAAUCAGGGACGUGGAAGGGUGAAAGCAGGCCAUGUCACGGGUUCCCACACCCCCUCCCCCAGGGGAAAUGACAUCAGGACCUGUGGCGGAAAGCUGGUGUUAUACACAGGUGAAAGUUGUGAAGUUUUCUUACAUGUGGACGAUUAACAACUUCAGCUUCUGUCGGGAGGAGAUGGGAGAAGUCGUAAGGAGCUCGACCUUCUCCUCAGGCCCCAACGACAAGAUGAAAUGGUGUUUGCGAGUGAACCCAAAGGGUCUGGAUGAUGAGAGUAAAGAUUAUCUCUCUCUGUACUUAUUGCUUGUCAGUUGCCCAAAAAGUGAAGUGAGAGCAAAGUUCAAGUUUUCUUUACUGAACGCCAAAAGAGAAGAAACUAAAGCCAUGGAAAGCCAAAGAGCCUACCGCUUCGUCCAGGGAAAGGACUGGGGCUUCAAGAAGUUCAUCAGGAGAGAUUUCUUGCUGGAUGAAGCUAAUGGACUUCUUCCUGAUGACAAGCUCACUCUGUUCUGUGAGGUGAGUGUGGUCCAAGACUCCGUAAACAUCUCUGGCCAGUCAAACACAAAUAUGCUGAAGGUUCCGGAGUGUCAGCUUUCCGACGACCUGGGUAACCUGUGGGAAGGCUCCAGGUUUACAGACUGCAGCUUGUUCGUGGGAGGGCAAGAGUUCAAAGCGCACAAAUCCAUACUGGCAGCGAGGUCUCCCGUAUUCAAUGCCAUGUUUGAACACAAAAUGGAGGAGAGUAAAAAAAACCGUGUGGACAUCAGCGAUGUUGAACCGGAUGUAUUUAGGGAAAUGAUGGUAUUUAUUUACACUGGUAAAGCUCCUAACCUGGAGAAAAUGGCCGACAACCUGUUAGCUGCUGCAGACAAAUAUGCUCUGGAAAGAUUAAAGGUAUUAUGUGAGGAGGCUCUCUGUAACAGUUUGUCUGUAGAGAAUGUGGCUGACAUCCUCAUUCUGGCUGACCUGCACAGCGCAGAGCAGCUUAAAGCACAAGCCAUAGACUUCAUUAAUAGGCAAGUACACACACUCACUCAAUAUUAUAAGAAUCCUUUUCAUGCCGCAGACAUUAUGGAGACCGCAGGCUGGAAAGCGAUGAUUCAGUCCCAUCCUCACUUAGUGGCCGAGGCAUUCCGGGCUCUCGCUUCAGCCCAGUGCACCCCUUUUGGUCUGCCUAGGAAACGGCUAAAACAGUCCUGACCUUUGCCCUCACAGACUGCUUAGAACAAAACGCAUGAGGAGGCAACUACCCCACAGAGCCCGAUUUCCCCCUCCUUUUUGCCCCCCUCUUCACUCACCCGUCGCCCUUACCAGAGACCGGAUAGAGGAGCUAGUUCAAACCACAGUGCUCAAAAAGAAAUGGACUUCGCCAUGCUGUUUACUUUGGGCAUCAUUUCAAAAAAUGGCCUUAAAGGAUCUGCCCCUUCGCUCCUUGGUGUCUCUACUUGUAGCUACGUGCCUGCUGCGACUGAUCCCAGACCUGUCUGGACUGCACUAGCUCCCACAUAAUGCAGUAGUUUUAACAUGGUGGUGUUUAGGACCUUAUAUGUUACAUGUUCUUGAGGGGUGAAGGUUGCAUUAGGCCUUCUUGUGAACUUGUGGUCUGACAUUUCCAAAAAACUAACAACACAAGUGUACACUCACUAAACGCAUACCCACGCACACGCAUCGAGUGCAAAGAUCAUCUCCACUGACACUUUUAAAGUGAUGAUGUUGCUGGCAGAAUGUCUCAUUGUAUGUCUAUCAUCAUUAAAAUUGGCGUAAGUAUUAACUGAGGUUGUGCUGUAGAAUACUUGGUGAAAUGUGAUAAUUCACAUUAUGAGUAUUACACGGCUAAAGACGUCGAUAUUUUGCACCAACUUAAACUAAUGGUAAAUAUGAAGAUUUGUUUACCGUGUUGUUUACAGAACUUGUUUUCCCCUUUUUCGCAGUUAGUUUUGACUUUAGUUGAAGUUAUUUUCCAUGGUUUAACAUACUCUAUGGAUCAGGAGAGUUCUUUGUGUUUGAAAAAAAAAUUUA